UAAGAAAAUUAAUUUCGACCCAACGUUUUGUACAGCCCGCCCUUUUUUUUGUUAUUUUCCAGCAACUCAACUCUCCUCACGGAAUUGGGGCCAUGUUCAAUCCAAUGCAAUUCCAUGCUCAGAAUUACAGCAUGCCGUCCAUGCAACAACAGCAUCAGGACAUGUUAACCGGAGACCGCGCUUUUCCUUCGCCCAUCACCAAUUCGUCGUUGGAUUCUCCUCCUAACUCCAAUACGUCCGAGGCAGCCAAAAAUAAUAUGCAACCCUUCCCACACAUGGCUGUCGGCAACAACUCUACCUCUUCCUCGAGAAUGUACGAACAUACCUACUCACAACCGUCGCAAACUCAGCCGCGGCAAAUUGUGUUUAAACAACACCGACCCCGCCAAGAGUCACAAGACCACACAUGGCAUGUAGGAAGCGUUGACUCCAAUGCAUCAUCGUCUUAUGGAGCGUUGGGUGGAGAUAACAUUGUAUCGCCAGGAAGUACGAGCGCAUUUGAAGACGAAGCGCAGCAGAAAAAUAUGCAACAUUUGUUUGAGAAAAAACGACGACGUCGUGAAUCACACAACUUGGUGGAAAGAAGACGACGAGACAAUAUCAAUGAUCGGAUUCAGGAGCUUGGAUCGAUGCUACCAGAUCAUGAUAUUUCCAAAAGCAACAAGGGAUCGAUCCUUAAAAACUCGGUCGAACACAUCCGGUUGCUGCAAAACGAUGUUACUCAGUACCAGAACCGUAUCAAUGAGCUCGAGGCCAUUGUCGAAACUUACAGGGCACGAUUUGGUGAUGUCGGCUAUGGAGGUGGGAAUCCUGGAAAUAAUCCACAUAUGAUGUCCAUGUCUUCUACUCAUCCAUUGGAUAUGGCGAAUGGAGCGUUACAAUCAGCACCACCACCUCAUGCUUAUCGAACAGGAUGAUGUGCCCGAUUUCUCUUUUUUUUUUUGGACAAUCUAGUUGCGUUUGUGUGUACGUUGAUUUGUUCUUGUAAACUAUCUUUAUUUAAUAUGGUCUUUGCCUUGUAUUUUUCAUUCUUUUCUAAACUCAAGCCUUUUCUCAAAACUACUCAUUUCUUUUUUUUCAACAAUCGCUAUGUUAGGAUUUCAAUAGCUGAGAGUGAGUUGUUUUAUAUCAUUAUAUUCUUCCAAACCAGUACUUCCCCCAAGUUUUCUUAUAAAAGUCGUAACAAUGCUAUGCUCAAACCAAAACCCUUACCCAGG